AUGGCCAAUAUUCAGACAGAGACACAGACAGUAGCAGGAUCAAUUGGAGGACAGUCUAUGACACCUAAAGGAAGCAAUCGAAUGCUUGAUAGGAUGAACAGUUUAAGGUCUACGGACUCACAGGGUGUGGCUACUGGAUGUCGUAAACGGUACAAGAUUAUCAAGAUUAAUGACGGGAUAAAUGAUUCGAAGCGUGAGAGGAUUCCAGAAAGUUUAGAUGGAGAAGAAAGAGAAGACUUUUUUGUGUCCAAUGAAGUCACCACAUCACAGUACACGUGGUGGAGCUUUGUUCCUGUCUUCCUGUACUUGACUUUCCAGAAGACGGCCAAUUUGUAUUUCUUGCUGAUUGGUAUUCUCCAGAUGAUUCCGGCGGUUUCUCCUACUCAGGGGGUCCCUUUACAAUUUGGCCCUCUUGCGAUCGUAAUCGUCAUUGAUGCCGUCUUUGCCGGCUAUGAAGAUUACAAGCGACACAUGGCAGACGACCUUGUCAACUCGGCCAAGACGCAUGUGUUCAAUCGCCAACUGCGCGAGUUCGAAGAGGUCGAAUGGCGCGAGAUCAAAGUAGGAGACUUUGUCAAGGUGGCCAAUCGCGAAAUUUUGCCGGCGGAUAUCAUGAUCAUGGCUGUAAUCCCUGCUGAAGGAGUACGCGCUGACGGGAACACAGGUCUGUGCUACGUGGAAACGAAGAAUCUUGAUGGCGAGACAAACCUCAAAAUGCGCGAGGCGCCCUCGUGUACACGAAAUGUGUUUAUGAAUGAGGAAGAAGCCGGGUACAUUAUUCAAGGAUAUGUGGAGAGUGAGCUCCCAAAUGGUGAUAUUAAUUCAUACGUGGGUACGAUGUAUCUGGAUGAGAAUUUGAAUGGGGCUAGUGCUGAGGGGGUCCCGCUCACAUUGAAGAAUAUGCUGCUUCGUGGUAGUAAAUUGCGCAACACAAGCUACGUGUAUGGUUUGGUGGUGAACACUGGUGUCGACAGCAAGAUUAUGAUGAGUUCUGGCGACGAAUUUUCUGUAAAGAUUUCGUCGAUUGACGAGAUGACCAAUAAGCAAGUGAUUGUAGUGGUCGUCAUUUUAUUUCUAAUGUCGCUUAUUGGUGCCAUCGGAGACCGAUCACGGAUGGAAAACCCUAUCGUUCCAGUAUAUUUGCAAUUAAAAAGCUGGCGUGACGGUUUCAUCGUUAUGUUUGUUUACUUUUUCAUAACACUCGCCUCAAUGGUGCCAAUUACGCUCUAUGUGUCUAUCACGCUUGUGAAAGCUCUGCAAGGAUAUUUCAUGGAAAACGAUCUGGAUAUGUAUGACGAAGAGAGCGAUACCCCCGUCAAGGUUCGCAACAUGCAGCUCAACGAGCAGUUGGGUCAGAUUUCACACAUCUUCUCGGACAAGACGGGCACGCUCACUUGUAAUAAAAUGGAAUUUCGGAAGUGCAGUAUCGGCGGUCGGAGUUACGGCAAGGGAACUACGGCUAUUGGUAUUGCUGCCCGCAUGCGAAAUGAUUUUGGAGGAGAUCGAACUGUGGACGAAGAAUCCGCGAGUGAGAUCAAUGUGGAUGCACACAUGGAAAUUCCAGCCCUUAAUGUAAAUUUUAAAGAUAAGACCAUGUGGCAAGAUAUGCAGGCCAAGGAUGACCAACAAAGCGGAAAGAUCGAAGAGUUUAUGACCCUGCUGGCGUUGUGCCAUGGCGUUUUGAUUGAGCGCUUUGAUCCAACUGAAGAGGAUACAAGCCCUUCUGUUAAGUACUCAGCUUCUUCCCCGGAUGAACUCGCUCUUGUUUGUGGUGCCAAGUACUUUGGUUACGAGUUUGUAGACCGCAAACCUGGAAGUGUGUCGAUCAAGAAACCCGAUGGUGCCGUGAAUCAGUACGAUAUCCUAGAAGUCUUUGAGUUUGACUCGACUCGAAAACGCAUGUCUGUUAUAGUGCAGCGACGGAAACGCGACGAUGAACUCCGCUUGAUGUCGGAAAGCGACGAGGACGACGUACUAGUAUUUACCAAGGGAGCUGAUAGCAUGCUAUUCCCUCGCCUCAAUCCGAUGUCUGCAAACAAUGAACAAAUUCGUGAAGCAACAGAGAAGCAUUUGGAAGCUUUCGCACAAGAUGGGCUCCGAACACUGGUCGUUUGUACGAAAACACUUAAACCUCAAGUUUGGAAACAAUUUCACGCACAAUAUCGCCAAGUAUGUGCUGAUCUAAAUGAAGUUGAGGCGAAGUCACGUGGUGAACCAAACGAAAUUGACAAGCUUCAGGAUCAGCUGGAGUCAAACCUGGAAUUACUUGGUGCUACUGCUAUUGAAGAUCGCUUGCAGGAUGGUGUACCCGAAACAAUGGAAUCCUUAGCUAAAGCUGGAAUUUGUAUAUGGGUGCUUACGGGGGACAUGGAGGAGACGGCCAUUAACAUUGGUUACGCUUGCCGCUUGCUUAACAAUGACAUGAAGCGACACGUGAUCAAUGCGGCAAAGUAUCGGACGAAGGGCUCAAUUUUACGAAAGCUUGAUAAGAUUUUCCACUCAAUUUACGACGCUAAUGGUGAUGCUUCGCAUUCAUCACCUGUGGCUGCUCACUCGGUCUUAUCGCCGUCGUCUGGCCAAGUUGAGAACGCGCUCGUUAUUGACGGCGCGUCGCUGAACAAGAUCUUGGAUGACCCGCUACACAACUUACACCUUCUUCGUGUGUCGCUUCUGUGCAAGGUCGUGGUCGCUUGUCGUGUAUCGCCUCAGCAAAAAGCCCAGCUGGUCGAAUUAGUGAAGCUAAAUGUUCCCGAGUCACAUACGCUUUCGAUAGGUGACGGCGCCAAUGACGUUCCUAUGAUUCAGAGUGCUCACAUUGGAAUUGGUAUUAGUGGCCAAGAGGGUUUGCAAGCUGUCAACAGCUCCGACUACGCGUUGGGUCAGUUUCGAUUUUUGCGUAAUUUGAUUUUGGUUCAUGGACGGUGGAAUUACAAUCGCAUCUCGGCACUCGUCGUGUACACGUUUUACAAAAACAUUGCUUACAAUGUGUCCAUGUUCUGGUACGCGUUGUGGCCAACGGCGUACUUGGGCACGAUGGUUUACUCAGCAUUUAUCCAGCAGGGCUACAACCUUUUCUUUACGGCUCUUCCGAUUGUUGUUUUUUCGGCCUAUGACAGAGAUCUGCCAAAGAAAACGGUGCUGGAGUUUCCAACUCUGUAUCACGCAGAGGUGCGCAAGACAAGCUUUUUCUCAUACGUCAUGUUCUGGAAGUGGAUUUUACUGGGUAUUAUCGAUUCUGUCGGAAUUUACUACUCGAUUUUAGCAAGUGGCUGGAAUAUCGAACGCGGAGGCAAUUCAAUCGAGUUACUGUCGAUGCAGACCCUCGGCUGGACUAUACUAACCAUCGUUGUCAAUGCACGGUUUUGUUUAAUGGUGAACUCAUGGGACGUUCUUGAGAUUGGAAGCAUGACUAUUUCGAUUAUGAUGAUUUACAUGUGUCAAUAUGUGGUUGACCAGAUCAACUGGUCGUACGACACGGAUUCGUUGCCGUGGCAAUUCGGCCGCCCUCAAUUCUGGCUUGGCCAAUUAUUUGCCGUCGUUGCCAUUUUGCUCAAGGACUUCUUUUAUGCGGUGUAUCGUCGUCGUUUUGUUCCAGAGUAUAUAGAUCUAGUGAAGGAGUCACAAGACGAAAAAUCCUUGAUUUCGCGCGAGAAAUUGGCGGAGUAUAAGCCUCGUCAGGUCAAUUAUCUGAACCCGGAGCUGGCUGGUAUGAUUGACUACGAGGACCGUCGCGUGCAUGAGAGUGUACCCGUUAGGUUCACGGCUCCUGGCCGUUCAAAGCUGUAUACGGGCUUCGCGUUCGACCAGCCAGCCAACAUCGUUAACUGGAUCUUGACUGGAACGAACAACAACGGAGGUCAAGAUUGUCGAAAAAGUAUAAACGCGGAUGUACGCAACGCCAUUUUGAACUCGAACGACCCAGUAUUCUUCGAGAACCAGCGCUACCAGCCAUUUUGUGGAUAUGGCAGCUCGUUCCCAGGCUACCUUUUGCCGACAGAUCGCAAGCGUUGGAGCGAUCGUUCAGGCAAGACAAGCGCUCAAGUUAUUCCUUUAGCUGGCUUGGAGCUCAACCUGGACGUACCUUGGUGCGAUGCCGACGGUUGGGUGUACGAGAACGACUUUGCCUUCUUUCCUUCGACGCCUUCCAAUGCGGACGAUACAGAGGAGGACGAUGAGGAUCUAAGUGUGAGUCCUGCUGACAUGCGAAGCAGCACGAACGUGCUGUCAUCUCGAAAGAAGAACAAGAAGAAAAAGGUUAAGAAGCCGCGUCCGCACCACGGUUUGGUGCGUCGUCGCGAGUGGAAGCUCUCGGAGGAGUACAAGACGCAGGAGGAGGCUCGACGAUCAUCGAAUUUCAGCAACAUUUCUGCGGUGCAAGUUGACGACGAGGCUAGACAGUCGAAACUAUCUACCUAA